AUGCGGAAAGGCAGUGGAGGGGGCUCCGGGGGCGGCAAGGGGCGAGCCCGGCGGCGGAGCGGGGAGCGCGGUCCGCCGGAGCCGCCCCAGGCGCCCCAGGCCGGGCCCCUGCUCCGGCGCCGGCUGCUCUGGCCGCCGCUGCCGCUGCUGCUGCUGGCAUUGGCCUUGGGCACCGGGCUCUACGUGGCCUGGGCGCCGGGGGAAGGGGGAGGAGGGGAGAAAAAGGGAGGAGGAGCAGGAGGAGCAGACACUGCCCGGAGGAGGAGCAGCGGCGGCGGCCCCCAGCGACAGUCACAAUCCCGGCUGCCCCGAAGCCUCCCUGAAGCCCACCUUCGGGCACUGUUAGAACAACUGGACCCCCAACGCCUCUGGGGCAAGUACCUUCAGCCCCUACUGGUUGAAAGGACACCGGGCAGUCCUGGGAACUUGAAGGUCCGACAGUUCUUGGAGGAUGAGCUCCGGGCUCUAGGUGCUGGCUGGCAGGUAGAGGUGGACGCCUUCUCAUCCCCAACUCCACUGGGGCCUGUGGCCUUCGCCAACGUGGUGGCCACACUGUCCCCAGAAGCCCCCCGUCGCUUGACCCUGGCCUGCCACUUGGACUCCAAGCUCUUCCCUCCAGGUGCACCCCCUUUCCUGGGUGCCACAGACUCUGCUGUGCCCUGUGCCCUGCUUCUUGAGCUCGUCCGUGCCCUUGACCCUCAGCUCGGCCGUUCUAAGGACCAGGGGGCUCCUGUGACCCUUCAGCUCCUUUUCCUGGAUGGGGAGGAAGCCUUGAAGGAGUGGGGGCCAGAAGACUCUCUUUAUGGGGCCCGGCACUUGGCCCAGCGCAUGGAGCAGACACCCCAUGGCUUUGGCAUCUCAGAGAUUAAGGCAAUUGAAAUGUUUGUCCUCCUGGACCUGCUGGGAGCCCCUGACCCCAUCAUUAAGAGUCACUUCCCCCGUACAGCCCCCUGGUUCCAGCGGCUUAGCUCGAUAGAGAAGCGGCUUCACCGGCUGGGGCUUCUGGCAUCCCAUCCUCGGGAGGUGAUGUAUUUCCAGCCAGGACCGCCCUAUGGGCCCGUGGAUGAUGACCACAUGCCCUUCCUGCGGAGAGGCGUGCCCGUUCUUCACCUUAUCCCCACGCCCUUCCCUGCCGUCUGGCACACCCCAGCUGACACUGAGGCCAACCUGCAUCCGCCCACAGUGCACAACCUUAGUCGCAUCUUUGCCAUCUUCCUAGCUGAGUACCUGGGCCUCCUCUAGCCCCUGGCAGGGCAAGGCCACUUCGGAGCUCCUGCCCCAGCAGGGCCCCCAGAAACACAUGGACUAUCCCUUCCAGACAGCAGGAGGGAGGACCAGCUAGACUGUGACCCUCAGGGAUUGAUUACUCAAACGUGCUACUGUGAGAAAAAUCCUCCUUUUCAUA